GUCGGAAUAGUAUGCACGUAUAUUCGUUUCAGCUUCGAUGCGAAGGAGUGUAAAUUGUUUUGUUAAUCGGUUGAGUAACAAGAACAAACUUCAAUUGCCUUUAUCGGUCCGUUUUCAAUACGCUACAGGCUGGAUGCUGCAACAUUCGAACGAUAGAAGCUCAGUUUAUUUAGCGUGUUUGGGACGAGAACGAAGUGUGAAAAUUAUCAAAAUAAAACGUUUUGUCUGCUGCGAUCGUCAAUGCCUGAUUUGUCGUACCUGCGUGCGUGUAUAUAUGUGUAGGAGGAGGUGAAAACUAUUCUUCGUUUAUCCCUUCAAUGAAGCAGUAAAGCAGGAAGGAGGGAACCCACACACCAAAAUGGAUCGAGCGGUGUCAAUUUUGCAGUGCGUUUUUUGAUUAGCCCAAGAAGUUUACCAAAAAAAUCACAAAAUAACACAAAUUAGAAAAGUUAGACAAUCAUAGCACUCAUUGACGGUGGAUCGAAGUGGGGCUAUUGGAAAGGAGAUCUCGCUUUUUAACAUUGAGUAGAAAGUGCAUAAUCUGCAAUUCAUCUUAGUGUAAAUAUCGGCAGUGAAAAGCAAGGAUAAUUGGUGCAUGGGAUCAUAGAAAAAAAUAUUCAAAAUUUAAUUGCAAAAUCUGAGCAGUCGCCAUCAUUGGGACAAGCGCUUGUGGAAGAAGCAUGGAAAUAAUCAUUAAUGAACCAUAUGAUGGGAUUUCAUCGAGGGACAACGAAAAACUUCGCCAAGUUUCGACACCAACGUUUUUACUAUCCUCGAUUGAAGAGGAAGACAGCACGUCAAUAUCAAUCAGCCCCAUACCUCCCACGAUAGGCAGAUCGUUCAUUUGCGACCUAGAUUUGCACACACCGUUGGUCGGAGCGAAAGAUCGACCCUACCACCAUCAUCUGCAAUUGAACCACAGUCAACAUCAGCUGCACAAUCUGCAGCUACAGCAGACCGGCACCUCUACCAGCAAAGCACCUAGCACCAGCAACAUGCGAGACAGUUACUGUUUCUAUCAGUCGCAACGAUUCAUUUCCAGGAAUCCAGUGCUCAACUACUUGCUGCCACUGUGCGCAAUAACGGUGCUAGUGUUUGUGAUAUAUGCCUUCCGAGACUACGCCAAAACGAUACUGUACUGGAUUGAAACGCAAAACUCGUGGAUAAUAUUCGGCAUCUUCCUGUGUCUGUUCACAAUCGUGAGCUUCCCGGUAACUGUGGGUUAUUUAGUGUUGAUAAUCAGCAGUGGUUACCUGUUCGGCUUCAUCAAAGGCUUGCUCACCGUAGUCAUAGGUGCCAACCUAGGAGUUGCCAUUGCACACAACACCAUCAAGAGUCUUCAGUCGAAGCUGCCUCUUCAGAAAUUAAUUAAGAACGAAACGGGUCGAGCCAUUCUGCGCGUGAUUUCUGGACCCCGCGCAUUUAAGAUAGUAUUAUUCGCCAGACUGACGCCGAUUCCUUUCGGAUUGCAGAACACAAUCUUCGGGAUCAGCGCAGUAAACUCGCGGAGUUAUCAUACAGGUACCGUUAUUGGUUUGCUGCCUGCCCAGGCAAUCAACGUGUAUCUGGGCUCAAAAUUACGUUCGAUCCACGAAGUGCUAAACGAUCAUAACGCAGCCCUUGGACUAGCCGGGUACGGUGUGUUUGUGGUAGAGGUUAUUGUUGGUGCUGCGUUGAUGGUUUGGGUCAUUCAGAAGGCACGAACAGAACUAUCCGUAGCACUGUUGUCAGAUAUGGACUCAGACGAGAAAAUCAUUAUCGAAGUUGAAGCAUAGAAUUUGUUGGAGGACAGCUGAGUGAAAGCCGUGGAUCGGAAAACAAAGAACGAAUCAAGUCGAAUAUAUAAGUUAAGUAUUAAAAGAAGGAAAGACUAUUACGAGAUGAUCUGUGGUUAAUGAUGGUUUUUUUUUGUUUCCACGAAACUGACAGAAUCCUAGAGCCUUCCAAUUGGAGGAAUUAUUAUAGUUGUAACGAAUAAUUUUGCUAUCAAGUCUUGUCUAUCGUUAAGUUGUUAUUAAUGAACCGUCCAAGUGUUUUGUAUGUGUAAUGGCUGUUAUAGUUUUACAAGUUUUCCAAACCGUGAACAUAGAACAACGGCGAUAUAGUGAUUACAUUUACAUGUCAGUAGCGAUGCAAAAAGGCGCUUCCCGCAUGUUUGCGACAAAAAACGUGUACCGGGUAGAUGUUGAUAUUGUUUAUUUGCGCUUGUAUUUUACGGUUAGUGGUCACAUCAACGACGAAUCUAAGAAUUUAGGUUUCAUACCCACAUUCAGAAAUCUUCCCACUACCAAGUGUUUUUCGCUGUUCUCCAGCAUCGGUGAAAUCUCUAGAUUGGAUUAUUAAAUUUAAGCCAUCGAAUAGUACAAAUCAGUGCGCGCGUUCGUAUUCUUCUUGAUUUGAUAUUUAAUUUUUUGAACCUCUCCCGUUUUUUACAAAUAUACUGACGAUAAUAUUUUUCUGUGCAUUUUGCGGAUGAUUUUUUAAAAAUAUUGAAUGAUUUUCCAACAAUCUCGUAUGUCCUUUAAUCAUCUUGUAUAUAUGUAACAUGUGAUAAAAAUGCUCGGAAAUUUACGUCAACGAUCAAUAGGGUAAAAUUAAGUGCAGUAAAGGAGACGUUUGCAGCGCAAAGGAUGCAGUUUCAGUGUCCACUGUCCUUUGUUAUUUAUGUCCUAUAUUCCUGUAUAAAGAUUAGAAAACCAAUGAUGUAAUGAUAAACGUAAGAAUUCCUAAAAAGACUCUAAAAUCUAAAUAAAAA